CAGAAAAGAGAGGCGGUUGUUUGGUUGACUCGUUCGUUUAUCGUUUUUUGUUCUGUUCAUUAUUUUCCGAGUUUAGUUUGAGUUUGUUUGUGUGUAUUGUGUGUAUUGUUUGUGUUUGUGUGUGUGUGCAUGAGAUUCAUGAUAUAUUUAUUCAAUUCAAUUCAAUUUGUAUUAUAUCAUCAUCAUCACAAAGUAACAACAGUUUUCAUCCAAAAAUAAAGCGUAAAAAAAGAUAAUUUCUGAAACAGCUGCCUGUUCUUGAAAUUGAAUGUUAUAGAUCUUUCAUGACGAUUUCAGUUUUGCCUCCCAAGUGGAUCAGCAAAAAACAAACGAUUUUUGAUUGAUUUGUCUUUCAACAAUUAAUGGUCGCUGGCAACGACGGGAUGGAAGGCCUUAUCCCCAUUGUCAAUAAAUUGCAAGAUGCAUUUUCUGCAUUGGGUGUGUCCAUGUCAUUGGACUUGCCACAGAUAGCAGUUAUUGGUGGCCAAUCUGCGGGUAAAUCAUCUGUUUUGGAAAAUUUUGUCGGUAGAGAUUUUCUUCCACGUGGUUCAGGUAUCGUCACACGAAGACCGCUCGUAUUGCAACUGAUCCACUCGAAUAUGGAAUAUGGCGAGUUCUUACAUUGUCGUGGUAAAAAGUUCACCAACUUUGAUGAAAUACGUAAAGAAAUUGAGGAUGAAACCGAUCGAACCACCGGAUCAAACAAAGGCAUCUCGCCAAUACCAAUCAAUCUUCGAGUUUAUUCACCUCAUGUAUUAAAUUUAACUUUGAUUGAUUUACCCGGCAUGACAAAAGUACCGGUCGGUGAUCAACCAGCCGACAUUGAGCAUCAAAUUCGUGAAAUGCUUUUGACAUAUAUUCGUCGUGAAAAUUGUCUGAUUUUGGCCGUAACAAGUGCAAAUCAAGAUUUGGCUACAUCUGACGCUUUAAAAUUGGCUAAAGAAGUUGAUCCAGAAGGUUUACGUACCAUCGGUGUAAUUACUAAACUUGAUUUGAUGGACGAAGGUACCGAUGCCAAAGAUAUUCUUGAGAACAAAUUAUUACCACUCCGACGUGGUUAUAUCGGUGUGGUUAAUCGUUCACAACGUGACAUCGAGGGACGUAAAGACAUCAAAACAGCUUUAGAUGCUGAACGAAAAUUUUUCCUCUCCCACCCAUCAUAUCGUCAUAUGGCAGACCGUAUGGGCACACCAUAUCUUCAACGUGUGCUUAAUCAACAACUGACCAAUCACAUUCGUGAUACAUUGCCUGCAUUGCGCGAUAAGCUCCAGAAGCAAAUGUUACAGCUGGAAAAAGAAGUGGAAGAAUAUAAAAACUUUCGUCCGGACGAUCCGACUAGAAAGACAAAAGCAAUGUUGCAGAUGAUACAACAGCUACAAACAGAUUUCGAACGAAACAUUGAAGGAUCCGGUUCAGCUGCAAUCAAUACAUCCGAAUUAUCCGGUGGUGCUCGUAUCAAUCGCAUAUUUCAUGAACGUUUUCCAUUUGAAAUUGUUAAAAUGGAAUUCGACGAGAAAGAACUCCGACGUGAGAUUGCGUUUGCCAUUCGAAACAUUCAUGGUAUUCGUGUCGGUUUGUUCACACCCGAUAUGGCCUUUGAAGCUAUUGUUAAACGACAAAUCGGUCAGCUUCGAGAACCAUCAAUUAAAUGCGUUGAUUUAGUUAUUGCCGAAAUGGGUAAUGUUGUUCGCCGUUGUACACAGAAAAUGGUUCGAUAUCCAAGGCUACAAGAAGAAACAGAACGAAUCAUAAUGUCACAUGUCCGUGAACGUGAACAAAAAACAAAAGACCAAAUAAUGAUGUUAUGCGAUGUUGAAUUGGCCUAUAUGAACACAAAUCACGAAGAUUUCAUUGGAUUUUCCAAUGCUCAACAAUCAGCAGACAAUUCACAGAAACGCAAACUAGGAAAUCAGACUGGGGUAAUUCGUAAAGGCUACAUGAAUAUUCACAAUUUGGGUAUCAUGAAAGGUGGUUCACGUGAUUAUUGGUUUGUAUUGACCAGUGAAUCGUUGUCCUGGUAUAAAGAUGAAGAAGAAAAAGAUAAGAAAUACAUGCUUCCACUUGAUGGUCUCAAAAUUAAGGACAUGGAAUCCGGUUUUAUGUCACGACGACAUACGUUUGCAUUGUUCAAUCCUGAUCAAAGAAAUGUCUAUAAAGAUUAUAAACAAUUAGAAUUGUCAUGUGAAUCACAGGAAGAUGUUGAUUCAUGGAAAGCAUCAUUCCUUCGUGCUGGUGUCUAUCCCGAACGUAGUAGUGAAGCCAGUACAGCCAACGGCGGUGAAGAUGGUGCCGAUGCAGGUGUAUCUAGUCUUGAUCCACAAUUGGAACGACAAGUGGAAACAAUUAGAAAUUUGGUCGAUUCAUACAUGAAAAUCGUCACCAAAACAUAUCGGGACCUCGUUCCCAAGAUCAUCAUGCAUCUUAUGAUCAAUGAAUCGAAAGAUUUCAUUUACUCAGAGCUGUUGGCUCAACUUUAUCAAGCUGGUGAUCAGUCAACGAUGAUGGAAGAAUCUCCAGAAGAAGAACGUAAACGAGAAGAAAUGUUGCGAAUGUAUCAUGCUUGCAAACAAGCAUUACAAAUCAUUGGCGAUGUAUCAAUGCAGACUAGCUAUCAACCGGCGCCACCACCCAUUAAAGAUGAUUGGUCAUGGCGUAAUAUGGCGCCAUCGCCAACACCAAUGAGUAAUAAUAUAUCAAAAGCACCGCCACCGGCAACAAAUCCAACAGCUCCAAUGAAUCGGCCACCACCACCAAGCUCGAAUCCAAGCCGAGGUGCACCACCACCACCUGGACGUCCGGCCCCGAACGUUCCAGGCAGAGGAACAGCACCACCACCAGUUCGUCCUGGAGGAUUACCGCCUCCAUUGAUACCAACACGAGGAGGAGGAAUGCCUAAUCUACCACCACGUAUCCAACAAGGUAUACAGCAAGGCAUCACACAGGCUGUUACUGAUUCAGUGCUCGAUGCUUUUGGAUUCGGAUCACAUAAAUAAAAAAUCUACUAAAUCAUUAGUCUCAACAACCACAACAAACAAUUAUUUAAUGUUGAAAACGUUCUGCUUAAUUAUUUGUUACCCACUAUCUUGGGAAAACACAAACUGAAUCCAGAAUCUCAAUUCCGAUACUUUGAUACAACCAAAUGAAUAGAAUAUCAUGUUUUUUCUCUUGAUUAUCUUCUCAUAUAUAUUGAUGGUUAAUGUUUGAUUUAUUACCCAUUUAUAACACAUUCAUAAAUAUAAAUACUUUAUUCCUAGUGCAUAAUAAUAAUAAUAAUGAUAAUAUUGAAAUUGAAAUUGAAA